GACAGAGAGGCACAUACAGAAGAGCAGUCCGGAUGCAGUGCGGUUCAUCGCAUACCCGUAUCCUGCUGCCCGUACUGGUGGGAGAUGGAUGGGACUGGAAUGGUUCUCUCCUGCUGCUGCUCUGUUCCCGUCACCGCGUGCUUUUCUUGUCAAGAAAAACUUCUCGUCAUACAGUUUCCGUCAUCGUUGAUCCCCGCCACCGCAGCCAUCUACUCGUCAGAGAUGGUAGGGUCCCAGACAGUCCAAAGCAUGGACUUAGUCCCAAUAGUUCUUUCGGUGUGGCGGGAAGUUGUGGUUCCCAUUCCCACUCUUUCGGCCUGAUUACUGGUUCAUGUAUGAGGCAUAGUGGAUAGUGUGCGGAAUCUUCUUCCUUUUAUGAACCAGGGGACGGACCGCGGGGUCGCACCUGAUUGCGCAAUUAUUUCUAUGCGACGCUGCUUACAGUAACCUAAUUUGUGUGCUUAUCAACACAGCGACUGACAGUUUUAGGCGGAGGGGUAGACCCCUUCGUUCACUAUCUGUUGUCUUCCAAGCUUUGAUAUAUAUCAAAUCCUCCUUUCCUUGUCAUAGCCAUGUCUACCUCUGAAGCUGCCGUCAACGGUGAACCCGUGGGGUUCAGUUAUGAAAAUAACGCUCUCACAUGGAUAAAGGCGCCAGGCACCGUCAGCAACGGCGAGGAUAAAGGCUCCAUCCUCGAAAGCGAUAUUCUAGCCAUCAUCCCCACAUCGACUACCCCUCCAGCACACACAGUCUACACCAUCCCCACCGUCUCCACGCCAGAAAACACCGCCCUCCCCGUCCCAGACGUCCAACUACACCAGACAACCCUCCUCGGCGCACCAGAGGCAUUCAUCUCCAAGCACCUUCUCAGCUCGCCUACUCCCCACCUCUCCCUCCCAGCAGAAGACAUUCACGUCGUCAUCUCUUCCAAAUCCGGUACAGGAAAAGCGGCAGCGUUCUUCGAAUCCGUCCUCGCGCCUGCGCUGAAAGUGUUGGGACUGGGCGAAGAUGGCUAUCAAGUCGUACACACCACAUCGAGUGAGACGAUCACGGAACUCGCGGGGGGGACACUGCGUGAGAAGGCGGGGAGGGGGGUGCGACAAACUGUUAUCCUACUGAGUGGAGAUGGAGGGGUAGUGGAGCUGUUGAAUGGACUUGUAGGCGCUGAGGUUUCUAGCACAUACGCCCGCCCAUCCAUAGCACUCUUCCCCUUCGGCACCGGCAACGCCCUCUUCCACUCGACCCAUCGCCUCCCCACCCCCCCAUCCUCCCCCCUCUACCACGCCCUCACCACCCUCCUCCUCCCCUCUUCGCGCCCGCUCCCCCACUUCCGCGCCACCUUCUCCUCUGCAUCCCUCCUCACGAGCGAAGGACGCAUCGCUACGCCUCUCCCUAAUAACACACUCCACGGGUGUAUAGUCGCGUCGUAUGGUUUCCAUUCUACCCUCGUCGCCGAUUCCGAUACCGCUGAGUUGCGGAAGCAUGGGGAUAAGAGGUUUGGGAUUGUGGCGCAGGAGUUGUUGGGGAAGCCGCAUCGGUAUAAGGCGGGGUUGACGAUUACGUCUGGGGGGAAGGAGAGGGUGGUGGAGAGGGAGACGCAUGCGUAUAUCCUCUGCGCCCUCGUUUCGAAUCUCGAGAAGACGUUUACGAUAUCGCCACACACAACACCGCUGGAUGAGGUGAUGAGGGUAGUUCACUUCGAUUCCGGGUCCGGCGACGAGAUUAUGAGCGUCAUGACAGACGCAUACAGCGGCGGGAAGCAUGUGAAUAGAAACGAUGGAUUGGUGGGAUAUGAAGAGGUUGAGGCGCUGAAAAUUGAUUUCAAAGAGGCGGCGGUGGAGGGGAAUGAGGGGAAGUGGUUGAGGGUUUGUGUUGAUGGGCUUAUUGUGCGGGUGGAGAGUGGGGGGUGGAUGAGGGUUGAGAAGGUUGCGAAUGGGGGGGAGGUACUAGAUAUUAUAGUUUAGAAGGGUAGACGGGCGCUUUAGAUUAGAUUUUUAUGGAUGGCAUGGGUAAAGUAUUGGAAAAUUGCGAAGGCUUAUAAAAUCAUUUACAGCUCCCAAGGCUGUGGGUAUUAUUGUGGUCUACUGCCAAUCUCUCAUAUAUGUCUACAAAUAUAAAAACUACCCCGGCAG